AUGCCUAUGCAUCUUGUCAAGCCUUCGGUCAGCUCAUCCGCUCUGUCCCAGCUCAUCAACAACUUCCUGGUCGAAACCUAUAACGGCUAUCCAGAAGCUGCUCAAACUCUGGUCGUAAUCACACACAAAGACUGGUCACUCUACAACGACAAUGAAGCACUUUUGAGCCCAGAAGAAGCCACGAAGCAAGGUUCCAAAGCCCUCACUCACGGCGGAGGACCGAUGAAAGUUCCGUCGAGGCCACCUUGGACUGAAACCUUUGACCCCCCGUGCCUUGGCCAAUCACCAGAUAAAGCAGCCCAGAGUUUGCUAGAGGCCAAUAAGGCUCCAGGGUCAUUGUCUAGAGAUUACUGUAUUAUUCUGGACGAGCAGACUCUAGGCGAUCGCUCUGUGCUUCUAGUGAAGACUCAGUGCAGUCCGGGCGAAAGACUGCCUUGUGAACAUGGAGACUCCUCGAUUGUGGUAGUAAGGGCGUCAUUCAAAGAAGCUAACGGAAUUAUACAAUCCGUCAGUGUUGGCCACGGGUCGUUGGCGGAGAUUUUGUGGAAUCAGCAACAUACUAAAGACCGACUUUAG